CGUCUCUAACGUAUGAGGUCACGAACGAGGCGAGCGGCGCCAGAAGAGCCUGCGAGGGAGAAGCUAGUUCAAACAGUUUGAUAAAGUUUAAUAUGUCAUGAUUUAUUCAUUAUCGAUUAAAAACAACACUCAUCUAGUAUGACUGAAGAUAACCAGGUGGAUGUAGCUAUGGAGGUGGAGAAACAAACCGCAACCGACAGCAGCUCCUCCACCCCUGAGGUCCCGCCUCCAGAAAACCACAGCCCGGCCCACCACACCCACCGCUUGAGCACAGUUAUCCCCAAUCGGAUUUUCGUUGGUGGAAUUGACUACAGGGUUAAAGAGAGCGACCUGCGACACGUCUUCUCUCAACAUGGUGCGGUAAAAGAGGUGAAGAUCGUAUUAGAUCACACAGGAAUGUCAAAGGGAUACGGGUUUGUUACAUUCGAGACAGAAGAUGACGUGCUGAAAAUCCUUUGUGAUGCUAAUGGAGUCUUUUUCAAAGACAAGAAGCUCAGCAUUGGUCAGGCUUUCCGCAAGCAGCAACGUUUAGGACAAAGUAAGCGCGCCCCCAUGGCCUUCCCUGAGUCUGCCAUGUUUCUCCCGGUGUCCUGCCUUUCCCAGUAUCACACCACGUCCACAGGCUAUCCGUACACCUACUACAACGGAGUGGCCUACUUCCAUUGCCCCAACUUGAACCCUCCUGCCCACCUUUGGCCUUGGAUGGCUCCUCCAGUGAUGGCUCCUCAGUCCCAUCAGCCUGUGUACCAGCAACCAGCCUAUCACCACUACCAGUGUGUCCCAAACCAGUAUCAGUGGAACGUCGUCCAGUCGCCGAUGCCCCCCGCUCCAGUCGUGUACUCUCACCCAUCAGAAUAUCUGUACCAGUCCGCUAAUGGAGGCUCUGUCCAGCCUCCUCUAGCGGUCAGGGAGGACACCACAGCAGAGCUCAUGGAGCAGCAGGUUUACCCCCUUUAUCCUCAGAGAACUGAAGCAGUGACGCCCAUUGUUCUCCAGCACAACCACGGGAAGAAUCAGCUGUUUCCACUCUCACAUGCCCACCUGAAGCCAAAGUUCCACCCAUACAUCAACCACAAGGACCACCACUACUUACUAGAAGCAGCAGAGCGGCCCGACGCCUCAAUGCUUCACGCCUCCCAACCUCUCAUGUAGGAGACGGUCUCAAAAGGACCUAACCGUCCCACCAACAUAUGAUCUAUCAACUGUUUAGCUUGUGCCUUACAACAUAAUGCGGUACGUUUCAUGACGUGACUUCCUAGCUUCUUUUGUUGAGAUCAUUUUGUCUGCCUCCACAACCAAGGUAAGCGCUCACCUUGUACGACUCAGAUCCACUUCAGCAGAAAUCUCCACAAGUACCAUGAUGUAGCUGACAGUGUUAAAGAUCUCACCAUGUCCACUCACUUUACACUCUCUGUAGGUUCUAAGAAAGGCAGCACUGUUGAUUGUAUAGUACAGUUCACUGAGCUCACUGAGCUGAUUCGUGAAUCUUAUGCUCUGAUCGAGCAACUGCACCUUCUCUUGCUGCCUCUGCUCGCCUUUAUCAGUGUUGCUCCACUGUCCAUUCGUCCUCUGACAACGAAUUUUAGAGCAGCACUUGAAGCCUUUCAGUAUGAUGAUGUGAAUACUGUGCCUGCAGCAUUGUUGCAGGUUGCAGUACAGGUCUGGUUGGUUUAAUAAUAAUAAUUUAUGUCCUGCAUAAGCUCUGUUGUUCAAACGGCAGUUUAGUAUAUUCAUUCCGCAUUUUUGACAGCACAAUUCAUCUGUGAAAGUACUGGUUACUUAGCAGUUUUGAAUCAUAAUUUAAUAUUUGAAACUUUUCCUAAGAUGAAACUAUGUAAGGAGCAUUGAAGAAACUAGAGAAAUACAUUUUUGUUUGUUUUUUUACACUUCGUGGCGUCGAUAUUUGAGCGACCUUAGCUCGCCCACAUUUUGGAGGAUUCAUGACCUGAAGUGUGAUUCUGUCAAACUGCUUUCAGCUUCACAUCAGGUGACCUCCCAGAGUGAUUAAACA